CAGAUUGCUCAGUCUAUGCGUUUUGCCAUUGAGGAAAUUAAUAACAGCACAGAGCUACUACCUGGAGUCUCUCUGGGAUAUAAAAUGUAUGACACGUGUAGCUCUAUUGCCAGGAGUGUGAGGGUUGCUUUGGCAAUGUCUAAUGACAAUGAAGUUGUAUUUGACACGUCAGAGGCUUCAUGCACCAAACCUGCACAAGUGCAGGCAAUAAUAGGAGAAACAUCUUCUUCCCCAUGCAUGGCUAUAGCUGCUGUUAUUGGACCCUUUCACGUACCACAGAUCAGUCCCUAUGCCACAUGUGCUUGUCUCAGUGAUAAAUCCAAGUACCCAUCCUUCCUCAGAACAAUACCCAGUGACUACUAUCAGAGCAGAGCUCUGGCCCAGCUGGUCAAACACUUUGGUUGGACUUGGGUUGGAGCCAUUAGAAGUAAUAAUGAUUAUGGAAAUAAUGGCAUGGCUACAUUCACACAAACAGCUCAGCAGCUGGGCAUCUGUCUGGAGUAUUCUGUAGCUUUCUUCAGGACAGACCCAUCAAACAAGAUACAAAAGAUUAUUGAUGUAAUCAAACAUUCCACCUCCAAGGUGAUUGUUGCUUUUCUGUCUUUUCUGGAUUUGGAUGUGCUUGUGCAUAAGCUUUCUAUUUCCAAUAUGACUGGCUAUCAGUGGGUUGGCAGUGAAGGCUGGAUAUUUGAUCCUCAAAUUGCACACAUGGAUAAAAGUCACAUUCUGGAUGGUGCCAUAGGUCUGUCGAUCCCCAAAGCAUAUGUCAGAGGCAUGAAAGAAUUCAUAAUGGAUGUGACGCCACUGAGUUCACAAAGCAACAGCCUGUUAAUAGAGUUCUGGGAAACAUUAUUUAACUGUAAAUUUAAUCAGUCAAAUUCAUCAACAGAUAAUCUGAAACAAUGUUCUGGACAUGAAAAUUUAGCUGGAAUGCAACAUAGCUUCACUUAUAUGUCACUUACGCCAAUAUUCAACAAUGUUUAUAAAGGAGUGUAUGCUGUGGCCCAUGCACUUCAUAAGAUACUGGAUUGCAACAAAACAUGUAACUAUAAAGUAAAGCUGGAUCCAUUCACAAUUUUACAGGGUUUGAAAAACAUUACAUUUGAAACAAAGGAAGGAGAUGAAGUUUACUUCAAUCGGGAUGGAGACCCACCAGCAAAGUAUGAAAUUAUAAACUGGCAGCCAACAGAAAAUGGUGUUGUGGACUUUGUCACAGUUGGUCUCUAUGAUGCAUCUUUACCUGCAGACAAACAGCUUAGUCUGAAAAAUAAGACUUUUAUCUGGGCACAGAACUCAACACAGGUACCUGUGUCAAUUUGCAGUGAGAAAUGUUCCUCAGGAACCCGUAAGGUUCUCCAGAAAGGAAAGCCUGUCUGCUGCUAUGAAUGUAUAAGAUGUGCAGACGGUGAAAUAAGCAACACCACAGAUUCUGUCACCUGUGUUCAAUGUCCACCUGAAUUUUGGUCAAAUGACAGAAGAGAUGUGUGUGUAAAGAAGAAGGCAGAGUUUCUAUCCUAUGAAGAAAUGAUAGGAGCACUUCUUACUGCAGCACCUAUGUGUGGAGCAUGCAUGACUGCAAUUGUAGCCUUCAUUUUCUUCACAUACAGGAAAACUCCUAUUGUCAGGGCCAACAACUCUGAGCUGAGCUUCCUGCUGCUCUUCUCCUUGACUCUGUGCUUCCUGUGUUCUCUGACCUUCAUGGGUCAACCCUCUAAGUGGUCCUGCAUGCUGAGACACACAGCAUUCGGCAUCACCUUUGUCCUCUGUAUGUCUUGUGUUCUAGCCAAAACUGUGGUGGUGUUAAUGGCCUUCAGAGCUUCACUUCCAGGCAGUAAUGUGAUGAAAUGGUUUGGACCAACACAGCAGAGACUCAGUGUUCUGGCCUUCACUCUCAUACAGGUUGUAAUAUGUGUCCUUUGGUUAACGAUUUCUCCUCCUUUUCCAUUUAAGAACUUGAAGGUAGUCAAAGACAGAAUCAUCUUAGAAUGUGCUCUGGGCUCAGCUGUAGGAUUCUGGGCUGUACUUGGCUACAUAGGUUUUCUGGCUCUGCUCUGUUUCAUUCUUGCUUUUCUGGCCCGGAAACUGCCUGAUAACUUUAAUGAGGCCAAGUUCAUCACCUUCAGCAUGUUGAUAUUCUGUGCAGUGUGGAUCACUUUUAUUCCAGCAUAUGUCAGCUCUCCUGGAAAGUUCAGUGUCGCUGUUGAGAUAUUUGCUAUUCUGGCCUCUAGUUUUGGACUGUUGAUAUGUAUAUUUAUUCCAAAAUGUUACAUUAUCUUACUGAAACCUGAGAAGAACACAAAGAAGAAUAUGAUAUAGAAAGGAACACAAAAAAUCUUCUGGAAAUCUCCA